AUGUCAUGUCGUUUUCCAGGCGAUGGUGACUCCGUUGAACGAUUUUGGAACCUCAUCUGCGAAGGAAGAUCGGCAUAUUCCGAGAAUCCUGAACGCUGGAAUCCGGAUGCAUUCCAUUUCCCACAGAAGAAGUUGAAUACAAGUCUCCCGCGAGGAGCUCACUUUUUGAAACAAGAUGUGGCUGCUUUCGACGCAAAUUUCUUCAAUAUUUCUAAAGCCGAAGCAGAGGCUAUGGAUCCUCAACAGCGCAUGGUGAUGGAGACCACAGUUGAGGCCAUGGAUCAGGGAGGUCUCCCGGCUUCCAAGCUUUCUGGAACACAAACCGGUGUUUGGAUGGCCAACUUCACCAGUGAUUAUCGGGAGAUGCUAUACCGUGAUCCCGAAUCCGCCCCGAUGUACACCCUAGCUGGUGCUAGCAAUACCUCCACCUCCAACCGAAUUUCCUAUUUCUUCAAUUUCAAGGGACCGAGCUUCACACUCAAUACAGCCUGUUCGUCUAGUCUGGUGGCAACUCACUUGGCCUGCCAGAGUUUAUCACUCGGAGAAACCAGCACCGCCAUCGUCGGCGGGACCAGCUUGCUCCUCAACCCCGACCUCUUCAUGUUCUUAUCGAACCAGAACUUCUUGGCCGCCGAUGGCCGCUGCAAAGCAUUUGACGAAAGUGGAGAUGGAUACGGUCGCGGUGAAGGUGCUGCUGUUGUCAUUCUUAAACGUAUCGAUGAUGCUAUCGCCGAUGGUGACCCAAUCCGGGCCGUCAUUCGGGGAUCCUCAGUUAACCAAGACGGUCGCACCAAGGGAAUGACUCUUCCAAGCGCCGAUGCUCAAGUACAACUUAUUCAGACCGCCUAUAAGAAUGCCGGUGUUUCCAUGUCCGAGACACGCUACGUUGAAGCUCACGGGACAGGAACUAGAGCCGGAGAUACCACCGAGACCGAGGCUCUAUCACGCACUCUUAGCGAGGGACGAUCACCUUCCGACCGACUUCUUAUUGGCUCUGUUAAAGCCAACAUCGGCCAUCUUGAAGCUUGUGCUGGCCUUGCGUCUAUUAUUAAAUGCGUGCGCAUUUUGGAGACCGGGUACAUACCACCAACGCCGAGUUACAAAAAGGGAAGCCCAGGUGUGAAGUGGGAUGAGUGGAAACUCAAAGUCCCAACAGCCAUGACAAGAUGGCCCACCGAUGGCUUGCGUCGUCUCAGCACUCAAGGAUUUGGGUAUGGUGGUACAAAUUCCCACCUGGUGAUGGAUGAUGCGUAUCACUAUCUUGAAUCGCGAGGCCUGAAAGGAAAUCAUUGCACCAUUGACCUAGCGCAGACGCAGAUCAACGGAUUGAAAUCAAUUAUCGCCAAAAACAGGCCUCGCGUCUUUUGCUUCAGCGCGCAGGACCGCGAUGGAUUGAAGCGAAUGAGAACCUCGCUCUCUCAGCACUUAGCUGGGAAAGGAGGAAAAUUAGCCUUGGUUGAGGAUGACAGUUACCUGGGUGAUUUAUCCUACACACUUAGCCAGAGAAGAAAUCGCUUGCAAUGGAGAACCUUCCUCAUCGCGUCCUCUCUGGCUCAACUACAACGUGCCUUGCUCGAGGAGCCGUGGCCCAACCCAGAGACACGCAGUUCCGCAAGGACUACGCGAAUCGGUUUCAUCUUCACCGGACAGGGUGCGCAAUGGGCAGAGAUGGGUAUUCACCUUAUGAAAUACGAUGUCUUUCGAAAUAGCAUUCAGCGCUCAUCUCGUUAUAUCAAAGAGACCCUCCAUUGUCAGUGGGAUGUCAUCGAAGAACUAUCUAAGCCCAAUGACUCCAGUCGGCUUGGGCUUGCCAUCUUCAGCCAAACAAUUUGCACCGUUCUUCAAGUAGCGCUGGUCGAUCUUCUCGCUACUUGGAAUGUUGCGCCGUCUAGCGUCGCGGGUCAUUCUAGCGGAGAAAUUGCAGCCGCUUACUGCCUUGGAGUAUUAUCACAGGAAGACGCUGUUAAGAUCGCUUAUUAUCGCGGUGUCCUUUCUUCUGAAAUGAAGGAGGCAGACUCUUCUCUAAGAGGAGCCAUGAUGGCCGUUGGUGCAUCACCGGCUGAGGUUCAACCCCAUAUCGAUACUCUCACCCAAGGUGUUGUAGUCGUUGCCUGUAUCAAUUCGCCCUCUAGUAUUACCGCGUCGGGUGAUGUGCCGGCAAUCGAUGAACUGGAAGCUAAACUUCAACAGAAGGGGAUAUUUGCCCGGAAGUUGAAGGUCGACACAGCCUACCACUCUCCACAUAUGCAGACCAUCGCAGGUGACUAUUUCGAUGCGAUAUCCGACAUAUCUACCAAUCCUGCUUUGCCAGAUCGCCAGAUGCAUUCCAGUGUUGUAGGAAAGGCUAUUGCCCCUCAUGAAUUGGGCGCUAGUAAUUGGGUUCGCAACUUAGUAUCCCCCGUUCGAUUUGCCGACGCGGUACAUGACCUGGUCCGACCAAUGGGCGAGAAUGGCGAGCGAGCAACGGAGAAUGCUGUCGAUUUGCUGAUCGAGGUUGGGCCACAUCCCGCCCUCCAAGGCCCCGUGAACCAAACCUUAAAGCAUUAUGGCGUUAACGGCGUCGAAUAUCUUUCCAUCUUGCGUCGAGGACAGAAUGACGAGCUGAUGGCUCUUUCUUGCAUUGGCAGUUUGCUUUCAGCAGAUAUUGCCGUGGAUGUGUCAGCUGUCCAUGGAGACGAGUCUAACAAGCCUCUGGUUGAUUUGCCCGCGUAUCCCUGGAACCACUCUGCUCGAUUCUGGUCCGAAUCUCGCAUAUCCAGAGAGUAUAGACUCCGAAAGCAUCCGCGAUUGCCUCUUUUAGGUGCACCUUGCCCUGUGAUGGACGCAGAAGAAAGGCAAUGGAGAGGCUUUAUUCGAUUGACCGAAGAGCCUUGGGUUAGAGAGCACGUCAUUCAAGAUGCCAUUCUUUAUCCUGCAGCCGGGUUCCUGGCUAUGGCAAUCGAGGCGGCUAUCCAGAAGACCACAGAUGAAGACCAGACCAUUGAAUCGAUUAAUGGCGUUCGUCUGCGCGAUAUUCAAAUUCACACAGCCCUGGUUCUAGAAGAAGAUACCGUCCCCGAGGUCAUUCUUACUUUUAGACCACACCAGGCCGGCACCUUGGAUUCGAGCUCUACCUGGACCGAGUUUACAAUCAAUUCCUGCACUGACGGUCAGCAGCCAGUGAAGAACUGCUCUGGUAUCUUGAUUGUUGAGAAGGAAGCAGCUGAAGGAUCGUCAAUGCAAGUGGAACGAAACGAGGAGGCGACUCAAGCUCAGACAAAAUACAACGAAUUGCGUACGGGCUGCUCAACGGAGGUUAACGCCAAGGACUUCUACAGUCGUCUUGACAAACUUGGUCUUCAAUAUGGUCCCUCAUUUGCUAGAUUGACCCAGAUCAGUCACGAUAACGAGACAGGCUCAUGCGUGGGUAAGCUCGAGAUUCCGGAUUUUGAAUCCAUGAAUCCACCGUGGCGCGAGCGUGAUCAUAUCGUGCACCCAACAGUACUCGACAGUAUCUUCCAUCUCAUGUUCGCUGCAAUGUUGGGUCACCAGAAUGGUCUCAAGGGGACCCUUGUCCCUACCUCAAUAAGCGAGAUCUUUGUUUCAACAAAGAUUCCAUUCCAGCCCGGAAUACAGCUUAACGGCUUUGCAUCCUCCUCUCCAUUUGGAUUCCGAGAAUGGGUCUCCGAUAUCAAUAUUCUUGAUGAUGUCACCACCAAGAGUCAUAUCCGGAUUCGAGGAUUUACUUGUGCUGAUGUGUCAUACGGAGGUAGCAUGUCGGAAAAUGAGUUCGUCAAACCGAUCACCUUUACCGAUACAUGGACGUCGAUACUUGAUCUCGUCCCAACAGAGGGCCUUGAACAAACAGCAGAAACAACUUUCAGUGAUAUCACCUUAGUUCUUCCCCAAACACUGGAAGGCGUAUAUACCGACAUGGCUUCCAAUUUGGAAGAGUUGCUUGCCCUGAAGGGAAUCUCAACCUCUCGCCUGCAAUGGAAUGCAGAAAAUGUUGCUACCCUGCAUGGAAAAUCUUGCAUUAUCCUUACAGACCUCCAAAGGUCUCUUCUUGCAGACAUGUCAGAGGAAGAUUUCAACUUACUCAAAGAUCUCAUCCUUCAAUCUCAGAGCCUUCUUUGGGUUAGUGGUGAUAUUGGCCCCCAGGCUAGCCUUGUUGCCGGAUUGGCGCGAAGUGUUCGCAAUGAGGUACCUGGCAUGGAUUUUAAAACACUUGAGAUCACCAAGACCUCCUUGAAUAAAUUCUCGGAGAUUAUUGACCGGGUCCUUUUGCAUGCUGGACCUGACACAGAGUUCGUGGCCAUUGACGGACAGGCUGGUGUUAGGAGAUUGCUUGAAGAUCAACCUCGCAACGAAUCCCUGGCGACCAUUCUUGGAAAUUUCCCAGCAAAAGUGAAACAUGUACCUUUGAAGGAUGCUGCAGGACCUGUCAAGUUGGGCAUUAGAAACCCUGGAAUGCUCGAUUCGUUAUGCUUUGAGAGGGAUGACAUCCCAAAUACUCCACUCAAGGAUGGGACAGUGGAGGUCGAUGUUAAGGCAACAGGAAUCAAUUUCCGCGAUAUUAUGGUAGCAAUGGGGCAAAUUCCAGAUAGCCUACUCGGAUUCGAAGGUGCGGGCAUUGUUCGUCGCUUGGCUGCAGACGUUACUACAGUAAGGCCUGGUGACCGGGUUUGCUUCCUUGCUCACGGUGCUCACCGUACUGUUCAUCGAAUUCGUGCCGAAUACGCCGUGCCUAUUCCACCUGAUAUGCCAUUCGCCGAUGCGGCCGGACUUCUGCUGGCACACAGCACAGCCUGGUAUAGCUUGAAGAAGAUGGCCAAUAUCGAGGCGGGCCAAACUAUCCUUAUCCAUGCUGCCGCCGGUGGUGUCGGACAGGCUGCGGUUAUGCUUGCCCAGCAUGUCGGCCUCGAAAUCUUCGCGACAGUUGGGUCCGAUGACAAGAGAGAGUUGAUCAAAACACGCUACGGUAUUCCUGAGGAUCAUAUUUUCAAUUCUCGCGACCUGAGCUUUGUUCAAGGAGUGAUGCGAAUGACUAAAGGCGUUGGGGUAGAUGUUAUUUUGAAUUCGCUAUCUGGUGAGGCACUUCGACAGACAUGGUCAUGUAUUGCUCCAUUCGGCACAUUCAUUGAAAUUGGUAUGAAGGAUAUUCUCGGAAACACACGACUGGAUAUGAGACCAUUUAUUCGCGAUGCGACAUUCACUUUCAUUAAUUUGAACCACCUUGAGCGUGACCGACCACGUCUUAUGGCUGAGAUUCUCCACAGCUCUAUGGAUCUCAUCAAUGCGGGUAUCACGAAGCCCAUCUACCCAGUUACUGAUUAUCCAAUCUCUCAAGUCGAGCAAAGCUUCCGUGUGAUGCAGGCUGGCAAGCACCGAGGAAAACUCACAUUGACAUACGGCAAUGAGGAUGUGGUCCCUGUUGUUGACUCGUUCCGCUCUGCUGAGCUCUCAGCAGAUGGCUGUUACAUGCUUGUUGGUGGCCUUGGAGGACUUGGGCGGAGUCUUGCCCAGCUCUUCGUUCGUCUGGGUGCCAAGAAGCUGUGUUUCCUUUCCCGGUCGGGUGCUGAAAGCUCAUCUGCUCAAAAUCUGGUUAAGGAAUUGAAGAGUCAAGGGGCUGAAGUUCUGGUAUGCAAAUGCGAUGUCGCUGAUGCCUCAUCCCUCCAAAAUGCCAUCCAGCUUUGCUCGACUUCUCUCGGUUUAGUUAGAGGCGUAGUACAGUGUGCCAUGGUUCUUCGAGAUUCUGUAUUCGAAAACAUGAGCUAUCAGCAAUGGAUCGAGUCAACGCAGCCCAAGGUUCAAGGAUCUUGGAAUCUUCAUAGCUGUUUUCCGGAUGUUGACUUUUUUCUCAUCCUCAGCUCCUUCGCUGGUGUCUUCGGUAGUCGGGGUCAAAGUAACUACGCGGCGGCUGGUGCCUACGAAGAUGCCUUGUCAGCUUACCGCCAUUCUCUUGGUAUGAAGGGCACAACUAUUGACCUUGGAAUUAUGCAAGACGUCGGUGUCCUCGCAGAAAAGGGUAUCACAGAUUAUCUACGUGAGUGGGAAGGGCCGUGUGGUAUCCGCGAAGCUGAGUUCCAUGCGUUAAUAAAUCACACACUUGCAUGUGAGCUUUCUGGUGAACCCUCGCCGUCACAAAUUGCGACUGGGUUUGCCACAUCACGUACAGUCCAAAAAUCCGGCAUCAGGACGCCAUUCUACUUCAGUGAUCCACGAUUCUCCAUUCUCGCCCAGAGUGGUGUGACUGAAUCUGCAGACUCUGAGCGUGAGACAGCCUCUGUUCAAACACAGUUGACAAAAGCUUUGUCUAUUGCUGAAGCUGCCAGUGCUAUUACCAACGCUCUCGCUCGUCGUCUUGCUGAUUCCCUUCAGAGUCCUAUUUCUGAAAUUGACACUGCCCAGCCCUUGCAUGCAUUUGGAAUUGAUUCUCUCGUUGCCGUUGAAUAUGCCAACUGGGUAUUCAAGGAAAUAAAGGCCAAGGUGACUGUCUUUGACCUUCUCGCCAAUGUUCCAAUUACUUCACUUGCAGAGAAAUUGGUGUCAAAGUCUACAUUGAUUGCUCAUAUUCCUGUUGAAAUUCAUUAA